AUGUCACCAUAUCCUAACAUUCUCAAGGUAUAUAAACAGUACGACCCGAUCUGGGUCAUUGGGUUGGGGAUAAUUGGUGUACUUGUCAUAAGCGCUAGUAUGAGAGAGCUAAACUAUCCUCGUGAUUUUGUGGGGAAAAUGGGGUCAUCUCAACUGUUGAGCACAUUCAUCAACUGCUCGGCAUCCUAUAAAAGCAGUCAUUGUUUGAAAAGGUACAAGAAGGACAUCUUACAGGAUUUUGCCUCAGUGCUUAUGCCAGCCGUUCACGCUGAAUUGGAAUUGUGUCUCUCUGCAUUAUCACCUUCUGAAACUGACGCCGGUGUCCUUAUGGGUGUACAGUCAUGUCUCCUCCGUUCCGAAAAACUCAAUUCUGCGUUUAGAUCCUCGAACUCUAUACCAUCAAAGCCCAGCUCCCAAUACUCCAAAGGCUAUUUAUUUUUUUCUAUCUCGUCGGUUCUUGUUUCGUGGUGGAUCAGUUGGAAGUCGAGCAGUUCUAACGCGCAACAACCAACGGAGACCGCAAAUGCGAAACUCGAGCUGGUUUCCAACGACGUCUCGGUACUCAAGGAAAAGAUCUUUGGACUUGAAAAAUCGGUCUGCAAUCUGGAACUGCUGGCCAACAGCUACUCGCAAAAGGAGAAAGAGCUCACCAGCAAGCUGGAGUUCUUGCAACGAGAAUACAAUUCGUUUCGGAAGGUCUCAGGGGUGACGGUGGAUCCUCGGUUCCCGCUGGAUAGCGGCAACAUUGGCGAGUUCUCGCGAGACCACAAGCUCCAAAGAGAUAAAUCGAUCAAAGUUGGAGACCAAACAUUCAAUAUUGCAACAAAGGACGGACUCGAUAAAUGGAAAACGUUUGUUCAUCAAAGCAUUGGCAAGAAGCCGGAAAUCGAACCGAAAUCACAAACGGCGGAAAACGAGACCCCAUCCCCACAAAUUGACCUUAAAAACUUGAAGACGACAGACGAGAACGGCAAACCGUUUCGUCGCAUCUUUGUCCCAAACAGAGGCUGGGUUUCUUCAAGAAAGCUACAACACGAACUCCAGUUGUUAUCGUGA